AUGGAAGGAGGUUUCAGCAAGGCUUUCUUGAUGAGAAAAGAAAAUGGAUCCGAAGUCAUAGCAAAAAUUCCGUGCCGCAUUGCUGGCCCACCUACUUUGACAACAGCUGGUGAAGUCGGUGCUCUUGAAUACAUCAGAAAACACACGAGCAUUCCUGUCCCUCGUGUUCAUUCCUGGUCUACGAACAACUCGAAUGCUGUCGGUGCGGAAUAUAUCAUCAUGGAGAAAGCUGCCGGUGUUCCACUGUUUCAGGUUUGGGGUACUAUGACCGAAUUUGAUCAGCUGCAGUUGAUCAGAAACUUGACCCGGAUCGAGGCUCAAUUAUCAGCUAUUCGUUUUCCUGCUUAUGGAGGACUGUAUCUUCGAACAGAUAUAGAGCAGCCAAACAAGCCCCUUGACGAUGAACUUGAUCCAUCUUUCUGUAUUGGACCUUCCUGUGACCGAAUGUACAAUCCUGAUCCGAGUCUGGACUUUGAUAAGGGACCUUGGUACUCGAUCUCAACCCUCGGACUUUCUAUUGCAAAGCGCGAAUUGCUACGAAUAUCAAACAACCGCCCGCAAGAUCACGCACCCUUUUAUAAAGGAGAUAUCGAAGAACAAACCAACCUCUUACAAGCAACAGAAACCGUCAUGAAACUAUUAGACUCGAACUAA